AUAUAUAUAUUCGCUGAAACCCAGUGGAUCACCAGCUGCAGCUGAUUCGAGAAAUGCCCAGCGUAACUUACUGGGAAUCAGGCUGAAAUUAGACUGGAUUACAAUUGUAAAUCAAGGAAAUCGAAUUUAACUAGGCCAUUGGGAGCUUUGCGUGCCACGUUCGGAAUUUUGGCGAUAAGCCCCUUCCCGAUAAGCUUUAUCAUCCCCACGAAGCCAAUUCGAUAAUCGUAGACGACGGAGCAUAAGUCAGUAUUCAGUAUUCAAAGUGGAUCAUGGGCGCCCAAAGUAAACUGGCCGAGAUAGCCGUGAACUGCACCUGCUAUGAGUAUAACCAUCCGUGGACAAGGAGCUGUGCCUGUGCUGCGGCAGGUAUGAUGCUCUCCGAGAUCCCUCCCAGUCUGCGCACCUACGCCACUGUUUACGUGUUGGCUCUGAUCAUGCGAGGACGCAUUCCAUCGCUGAAGGAUCUGAGACGCACUGGAUUUGGAAUCCUGCAGUCGACAGCGUUCCUUUCGAUGAAUGGAGGCCUCUUUGUCUUUGCCGUGUGCUACUUGCGACAGAUCCUGGGCGGAUUCUACUUCGGCACAGUUGCCUGGUUGCCCUCAUUCCUGGCCAGCGUUGCAUGUAUUACCUUCGAGCGCCCGGAACGACGUGCUCCGCUCGCAUUGUAUGUGGCCAAUGUGGGUAUCGAAACGCUGUGGAAUAUGAUGGAGGCACGAGGCUGGGUUCGGUCCAUUCACAAUGGACAAGUGCUCCUCAUGGGAGCAAGUGUAACGGCCUUGAUGUAUUUGUAUCGCGCCGGACUGCACAAGACAGUGGCCAAGGAUCCGACUUUCAAGGCGCUGGCCCUGAUCGUGGGCAAAGAAGACGAGGGUCCACUGAAGACACCGGUGGUCACCACCACGCAAAGCUCCCGCCAGGCUCCCUUCAACUUCCAAAGCAUUACAUCCUACGUGCAGCUCUAUGACCGCAUGCUGAAGGCCAAGCAUCCAAGUUGCCCACACAAGAGGGGUUGUGUUCCCAACGCCCUUAUUGGAGGACUGAAGCCAUUCCUGGGCGGUGUUGGGCUGUCGGUGGGUCUGAAGCUGCUGCUCAACAUUCCCAAGAUCUUCCAGUCCAAGAUGCAGUGGCGCAAGCAGAUCUUCAACAAGGGAUCAUUGCAGUUGGGACUGGCACUCGGCAUCUUCUCACUUCUUUUCAAGUCGACUUCCUGCGGACUGCGUCACUCGUUUGGAUUCGACAACGCUCUCUUCGCCAUUCCGGCUGGCCUCAUCGGAUCGCUUGGCUUCCUCCGUUUCCCGAACACCACGGUGGCCUGUUAUCUGACGUGGAAGGCCUUGCAUCUGCUUUACAACUGGGGCAUCGCGGAGGGAAAGCUACCCGAGGUGCCGCACUUCGCGAUGCUCAUGUAUGGAUUUUUCACGGCCGUGCUCUUCCACUCGGCAGUCCUGGAAGCCCGUUCGCUGCGGCCCAGCUACUACAAGUUCCUCAUGGGCAUCUCCGGAAACCGCAUCAGUCGCUUCAAUGUGAAACCCUUCGAGGCUUACGGCCUGAAGAGCCAGGACCAGAUCAACUAUGUGAUCAAGAAGCUGGGCAUCGACAUGACCUCGCCCUACCCCCUGUGCGCCCUGACUGUCUAGAUGGCGUUCCUCUACGGCGCUCCCUUCGCAUGACUACUGUACAAUAAAAAACCA